AUGUCAGACUGUAAUGCUGCCACUGUCGGUGUGAAGGAUUCUGUCAGUAUUGCAGAGAGCAUUUGCAGGUCCUCUUUUGUGACCAUUGAUGCCGCCAUCCAUCGGAUCUCUGCUUUGAUAUCUGCAAGCGUGGGCUGCUCCGGUUCAGAGGUAAUCAAGGAGGGUGACAUGGGCGCCAUCUUGGAGCCUUGCGCCUCGCGGCUAGGCCCCAGCAGGGUUUGGAGGAAGUCAUCCAUGGGUCCCAUCUGACGAGGGGGCAACCCUGGGAAUCUGCAGGAGCAGACUUUAAAUCGGACAAAUCUGAGGCAUCUUACAAAAGAAAUAAGGAAGUACAUACAUUCUAAGAAAACAAAAAAAUGAAAAAACUGGGAUGGAGGAGUUAGUUAAUUUUAAAUAACUAUUUCUCUUUAGUAUAUAUAUUAAGAACAUAUGGCAAUAGAUAUGCAAAUAAUUGCUGCAAAUAACUUGCACAAAAAAUGGAAUUGGAUGACUCAAGACAAGAUGCUACAGCAAUUAAAGACAUUAAAUAUAUACAAAGCUCCAGGGCCUGAUGGUAUUCAUUCACGAGUACAUAAAGAACCAAGUGUGAACCUCUGGUUUUAAUAUUUCAAGAUUCUUUUCUUUCAGGAAGUGUACUGGAGGAUUGGAGGAAGGCUGAUGUGGUUCCUAUAUUCAAAAAGGGUUCAAAAUCCUUGCCUGGAAAUUAUAGACCUGUGAGCUUAACUACUGUGGUUGGGAAAGUAUUUGAAAGGCUAUUAAGGGAUAACAUUCAAUAAAUCCUUGAGAAGAACACGGUUAUCAGCAAAAAUCUGCAUUGUUUUAUGAAUCACAGGUCAUGUCAAACUAACUUGACUGCAUUCUAUGAAGAAGUAAGUAUAGUUUAAGGUGUUGCAGUGUAUGUGAUCUAUUUGGAUUUUGCCAAAGCGUUUGAUACAGUUACACACAAUAGAUUAGUGUUCAGACUUAAAGAAAUUGGUCUAGAUGAAAAUUCUUGUUCUUGGAUAGAGCAUUGCCUUAAAAAUAGAGUACAGAGAGUUGUCAUUAAUGGUAAAUUUUCAAGCUGUGCAGAGGUGGUAAAUGGUGUCCCACAAGGUUCUGUACUGGGACCCCUUCUAUUUAAUAUGUUUAUAAAUGUUCUUGAAAAAGCAUUGAAAGUCAUGUUUGCAAAUGACACAAAACUCUGUAAAGUAAUACAAUGUGAGCAAGAUAUUACCUUGCUGCAGGGGGAUUUAGAUACACUGGGGGACUGGGCACUCAAAUGGCAGUUGAAAUUUAAUGUAAAAAAAUGCAAAGCGUAAAGAAUGCACAGGCAACAUAGCCUAAAUGAAAGUACACUACACAAGAGAAGGAUUUGGGAAUGGUUAUAAACAACAAACUACGCAACAAUGUGCAAUGUCAAUCAGCAGUGGCUAAGGCCACUAAGGUACUGUCAUGCAUGAAAAAGGCAUUAAUUCUCGGGAUGAGAGUAUCAUUUUGCUUCUUUGUAAAUCAUUGAUAAGACCACUUCUUGCAUAUGCUGUGCAAUUUUGGGCACCUGUUUUGAAGAAUAUUAUGGCACUAGAAAAAGUGAAAAAUUUAUAAAUGGAAUGGAACAUUUUAUCUUUGAAGAAAGGUUAACAAAUUGAAACCUCUUUACUUUAGGGGGCGGAGCCAAGACCUUUAGCUGAGCCGAUGCAUACCACACGAGCUCCUGCUGAGUUUGGCAAUAAUCUGGGCAUACCCCCAAAUAGAGCACAUAUCCUGGGACCACUGCACCCUACUUUAUUUGGGGACGUGGUACUGACUCCACAGACCCCUCACUCACGCUCUCAGGCCAUCGGGAGACUGUAGAGGUGCGUCGCGGCCUGCAGGCGACCGGGCUGGGGGAAGGCGGCUGAUUUUCCUGCUUUGCUGUUGCUGCGCAGAUCAGCUUUAUUCCUCCCCCCUCCCACCCUCUCCGGACUGGCAGGGGUUAUCCCAGUCCCAACUGGACUAUCUUGAUCAACUCCCUUGUUCUAAUGGACGGCAAGCAAUACCUACCUGAACCCAACAGCAGGUCUCAAAAUGGAGGAUGGGACUACUCCGGUGGAGCCGACUCUACUGCAAAUCCACGGAAUUCUCCAGGCUCCAAAAGCAAACCUCAUGAUAAGACUGGAAGCACUUCUCACCAGCUUCUGGGCUAAACUGGAGGAGUGAAGUGCUGCUUCAUCUAUACCACACAAGCACGUGGGCUGGCAAAACGAAGCACAGAGGUCGGGUGAGCUCCCUCUUAGUUUGCAGACGCUACCAGCCAUCCAAGCUCCUGUACAGCUCCCAUGCCUGAAGCAUGGAAGACAAAGGGUCCCUCAGCUGAAACAACCUCGCAGAACGCAUGCCCCUGUGCCUCGACACCAUACUUCUAUUUGGCGCACCAAAGGGAGCCAUACCAAUCAGCACAACCGACACCAUCAGAGGGUUCCCGCUAAACAAGGCCUAGGGCGUGCAAUGAGGCAAUCGUGGAGCACCUCCCCUGACGCAGGACGACGCAUGAUUCACGGAGAUGUGAAGCGAGAGCUCCAUAACCCAUGGAACAGAUGGAGUGCUCUGCUGUGCUUUGAUAUACUCCUGCUCCUACGGGAUACAGGCCUUCCAUUCACGGGCAUUGGAUGAGGGGGCUUGAGAUAACAAAGCAGUCACCACAGAGCCAUAUGAACUCUCCCAGUUUAAUUUCUGUUUUGUCUUAUAUUGAUUGUGUACUAGGCUGUGUCUCCUAUUUACACACAUUUUUCUAAUAUGUAAGUGCUUCACUCUAGCCUAGGGGAUAGUUAACCCAACCUGUUUAGUGGAAUCGUUCUCAUGUUACCUACUACAGUUCUAUGAAAUAGCACUUCUCAUACUCUCUCUCUUCAACCUCAUAGAAUUGAUUCAUGGUGUCUCUCCUCACAAAUGCAGUGUUACUUAUGAUGCACCAGGCAAACUCUGGUUAAAAAAAAAAUUUCCGCUCAUGUUAUGCUUACCUGUUUCCUCUUAUUAUAUAUUUUUUUAAAUGUGCUGCUCCUACAAUUGCCAUACUAAUGUUUCUAACUAUAUGUUGGUAUCAUGCUUGCCCAUGCUUUUGUGGCAAUACAAGCCUAUUUGUAAUCACUUGCACAACAAAAGUAAAGAAUUGUAAAAAAUAAAAUGAAAAAAAUAAAACCUCUUUAGUUUAGAAAAACGUGUCCUCAGAGGGGUUAUGAUAAUAUUAUACAAAUAUAUCCGGGGCCAAUACAAGCCAUUGUGUGAAAAUCUAUUCACAAACAGGACUAUACAUAGGACACGAGGUCAUGUGUUUAGACUGGAAGAAAGACGAUUUAGUCUAAGGCAAAGGAAAGGUUGUUUUUUUAACGAUGAUAACAAGGAUGUGGAAUUCUCUGCUGAAGGAAGUAGUUUUAUCAGAAUCUGUACAGAUGUUUAAACACCAACUAGUUGCAUACUUGCAAAAACGUAAUAUUCAAUUAUAUCAUUGUUCAACUGUAGGGUAAUAGCUUCUUGAUCCAAGGAUAAAUCUGUCUACCAUUCUGGGGUCAAUAGGGAAUUUUUUUUCCUAGUUUGUUGCAAAAUUGGAAAACAAAUGUGAGGAAGGCUGAACUUGAUGGACACAUAUCUCUUUUCAGCCUAUGUAACUAUAUGUGCUUUUACAACAAUAAAGCAAUGCAUCGGGGGCAGUGGCGUAGCUAAAGUUUUUGCUGCCCGGGGCUGUCACUGAGUUUGCCACCCCUAUCUCAACCCAAAUGCAAAAUGCUAAAUCUUUUCCAUCAUAAACUGAAUCAUUGAAUAAGUUGCCAUACAAUUGUCAGUUUUACCAAUAAAGUGGCUAUGUACUGUAUUAUUAUUGGUGAAACUGACAAUUGUAUUGGCACUUAUUGAAUUAAAAAAAUAUUUUGUUUGGGAAAAGAUUUUCUAUUUGCACUUUGGUGCAAGGAGAGAAGGGAUCUGUGAAGGGAGAGAGAGGGGACCUGAUCAAGGAGGAAGGGGAUCUGUUAAGGGGGAGAGAGAGGACCUGGGGAGGGAGGGGGUCUGUGAAGGGGGAGAGAGGACACCUGAGCAGGAAGGGAGGGGGUCUGUGAAGGGGGAGACAGGGGCUCUGAGCAGGGAGGGGGGCUGAGAGGGUGCAGGGAGGGGGCGGUGAGGGUGCAGGGAGGGGGGGGCUCUGCAGGAAACAUACCUGGUGACUCUACCAGCACUCCACAGGAAAGGAGGAGAGCACAGGAAGAGACCUCACUUUCCAUCCUCCCACCCUGCCUCUUUCCCUCUCUCUAUGCACUGCACGGAGGAAACCUGGCAAGCAGAGCAGGAUCACUGCCAGGUCUCACUCAGAAGGUGGGAGGAGGGUCAGUAUGGGAGGGAGUAGGGACAUUGCCGCCCCCUAAAAAGUGCCGUCCUGGGUGGACCCUCUCCCACUUGCUACGCCACUGAUCAGGGGAGAUGUAGUCCACAAUAUCUGGAGUGGCGAAGGUUGCCUACCCAUGGCCUAUAGUGUGAUAUGCACAGCAGUAUGCUUUCUUAACAAUCUAUCUACCCCAUGGUGUGAGGAUGUAACACUUCAAUAAAACUGGUAUCAUCUGAAAACAAGCGUCAUGGCAGUAGUAUGAGCCAUAUUUUGAAAUCAUUUAAUGCAACUACUAAACAUUUGCAGAGUUCAAAUAGAGAAAUUGCAUAUCUAAAAAAAAAUGGCUAGAUGCCAGUAUAACGAGUACAGAUGAUAUAGAAGAUUCUGUUGCUUAUAAAUGUGUGUGCAUUUGUCUAUAUAGAAUAUUCUAUUUAUUGAUAUACCUAAUAAUAUUAAAGGACCACUCUAGGCACCCAGACCACUUCAGCUUAAUGAAGUGGUCUGGAUGCCAGGUCCCUCUAGGAUUAAACCUUUUUUUUUUUUUUAUAAACAUAGCAGUUUCAGAGAAACUGCUAUGUUUAUAAAUGGGUUAAUCCAGCCUCUAAAGCCUCUAAUGGCUGUCUCAUUGACUGCCGCUUGAGGCGUUUGAGUGCUUCUCACUGUGAAAAUCACAGUGAGAAGAUGCCAGCGUCCAUAGGAAAUGAGACUGGCUGAAUGCGCGCGCAGCUCCAUUCAGCUGAAGAGGAGGAUCGGAGGAGAGGAGCAGGAGAGCUAGUUAAGGUAAGAUUUAACCCCUUCCUCUCCCCAGUGCCCGGCGAGUAUGUUUUCCUGGCACUAUAGUGGUCCUUUAAGUAAGGCACAGAAUUACAUCACAAUUGUAUUAAACAGCUGUCAGAUUGAAGAUGAUUUGCCCUAAAGUAGAUGUAGCUUUGCCAGUUUAGCUUUUGUUCUCAAAGGUGCUAUUUGCUCUGGAGUUAUCUCUGCCUAAUGAUGGUAAAAUGUAUGGUCAUUAUUAGAUCAAGAAAGAUUGAGCAGUUACAUGUGACUUGCCAUCUAGUCUGAACAUUUAAACCUUGUGUAGUAUGGGAUAGUUAGUCAGCUUGCCAAAGAGAAACAAAAUAAAAAAUAUCUUCAAUUUUAUAGUUUAGCAAUACUGAUAUAAAAGACAAAAACACAGUCUUAUAUGUAAUAAAAGUUUGAAGGACCACUCGGAGCUCCUUCUAACAUGGUGUCUAAUGGUUGCUACUGCCUGUCACCACUACAACUUAGCUCUGCACUUUGUGGCUUAGCUCAGGAGAGCUAACAGAAGCACCUAAGCAGGGAGCCUUGAUUUUAUAUUUUUGGAUAAACUUUUUAAAAGAUUUAUCUACAAAACGUUCCAUAGAUUUUAUUGGUGACUUCUGUAUAUACAUUAUUUGAAAAUGUAUCAAAAAUAUUAAAUAAUUUGAAAAGCUUAUCCAACAAAAUAUUAGAUCAAGCCCACAGUUUGACUUCUCACAAUGGGGGAAAGGGAGUGCACCAUAACCACAACAGUGUAUUGUGGAGGUUAUAAUGUUUGGAGUGUUUCUUUAAGUUACACUAACAUCAGUACAUAAAUAAAAACAAAUAUUCAAAAAUAUGAUUUGAAAGUUAAUAGUUAAUUACUCAUGAGUUGAUUUUUUUGAGUAUUUUUAGGAUGUCAGUCCAGAGCCUGGAUCCCAUGUUAUACACAAAAUAACUGUGCAAAUGCCUGAAGGUCAAUGGUAUUUAAAAAAGAAAUUCAAAAGUAAACAGUUUUCACAGCCAAUUUACGCAAAAAUAUUAUCUUUAACUUUUUGUCUUGGUCAAUGAAAACAAUCACAUGGCAUAACAGAAGGAGGCGCAAAAAUGUAAAACUGGUAAACUGGUAAAGAUGAUUUUUUUUUUUCUGUUACCAAUGUGCCAAAGAUUGUAAAUUAAUAAAAGAGUAAUUUCUGCAGAGAAGAAAAUUUUAUAUAGGAAUAUGGUAAACAGAGGAGAGAUGGGAUGCAAAAUAGUUACCCUGAAGGCAGCAAAGUAGACAAGUCUAUUUCUACAGCUGCCAAUAGUACAGGAAUCAACAUUAAAAACAGUUUCUCACAACAUUUCAACCCUCUGAGGCUUUUACUAGAUAAAAAGUGAGCAGAUAUGCGUCUCUUCAUUAAACCGAGAGAAGAAUGAUAUCAUUAUAGACCAGAUAGAAAUAGAUGGAGAUUCUGAGGGGAAAUGCUAAAAUGAGAGGAUAGAUGACAGCAAUGAGAAGGGGAAAGUUGAAUCGUAUGAACAUUAAAGGAUUAUGAUGUCAGUUAGAAGCAGAAAUAAGGGUGAGACGGAGUGUGAAAGAAAGUGAAGCUGUCAUAUUGUACGGCUGCCUUCCAGUCAGAAUUCCAUACAUUAUAUAUAGCUUUCAUGAACAAUAUUAUAACAUACAUGGUGUAUCUGCAAAAGGAACAAAGGAAAACAAUAGGAAAAGCAAUUCAUUUGUUACAAAUUAUUACAGGUGUUAAUUUUACAGUUAUAAGGCCUUUGGUAGUCCAGCUCCUCUGGAGUGCAACAACUCUAACUCUGGAGUCCUAUUGGCUGAGCUGAGAAUUUAAACGUUACUGGGGUAAGUUAAAUGCAGAGAAGGAUUAAGACCACAAGGCAACCUAAAAUCAGGUUAUCCAUUUGUGUCCCCCCUCUUAUUUUUCACAAACGGAUGGUCAAUAAGCAAGGCAAAUUCAUGGUUCCAAGACCCCCAUCUAACCCAUGGGCUCUGAGCAGCUGCCUAGGAUCGCUUUAUGGUUAAUCUGUUCUGGUUGAAUGUAAAAUCACAAAUAUAAUAUUCUUAUGUACAACAUUAGCAAGUUAAAGGUGGAUUCAUGAAGAAAGAUAUGUUUAGCUGAUUAUAUUUAAAUGCACAUGCGUGAGGUAUGUAGCAAUUAAUGUAUUGGCACAACCUACUGGAGCUGGAUGGAUGGAUAGGUGGAUAGAUGAUAGAAAUAGAGACCGACAGAAAUGUACUAUAUAAUAUUUACAUAUUAACUGUACUGAUAAACAACACAGCUUUGUCUCAGCACAGCAAAAGACUUUAAAGAACAUAGUAUAGAUAUAUCAGACACAUUGUAAGAAAUGAAGAUGUUUACUGUAUUUAAUUAUUAAUGAAUGCAUACUUUUGUUGUUUAUUGGGAACAUGAACACAUUAAGGUGUUUGGGCAAGAACAUGAUGAUGGGAGCCAUGAUCAGUUCUCAGAUCAAGGACAGCUGGACCAGUGCCAUAUGCAAGGUAGCUUAUGGAGGACACUAUCAACCCUUAAUGCUGGACACUAUAAUUUUACUGUAUUUUAACUAUUUGUAUAUAUUUGAUUCAAUGUAUCUUUAAUCUCCGUUUUCUUUUUUGUUUGUCAUUUUAACAUGCCUGGGCAUGCUUGUUUUUUAAUAUAUGUAUGUAUGUAUGUAUAUAUAUAUAUAUAUAUGUGUGUGUGUAUUUACAGUUGUGGGUGUGUAUGUGUACUUGUUUAUUUAAACAUAUAUUUUACUUUGUCUUGCCCUGCAUGCUAAAGCUAGUUGUUCCCAGCCCCACUCAACAUUGUUGGCUUGUUAACUUAAAUGUUAAUUCACCUAUGUGUUUAUCUCUAAAGACUUUCUCUGUUAUUUCUGCAUCCCCCCUUUAUUUUAUUGAUACCCACCCAAAUGUCUUGCUUGGCCAGUCCUCACCUCCUCUGUGCAUCUUUAUUCCAUAGCUUUAUUGCAGGCCUUUUUGACCCCAUCAUCUCUGUCUUCCACAGUCCGCGUUAAUAAAAAUCCUUGUUGGAAACCAGAACAGUUCUCAGUUGCCCAUCCAAGCUCUUUAUUACAUUUAUAGAUAGAAUCUCACAUACAAUUUUCGAUAAUUAGAAAUGACAGCUGCAAACACUACCUGCAAUCAGAACACUCCUACACUCCCUUAACCCCUAACACUCCUCAUUCUCCUUACUUUUGCCCAUUCUGCUUUUCUCAAAGUACUUACUCAUCUGAGCAAUGCUCUAUCUUCUCCACUUUUCCUUUUCUCUCCUCUCCCUCUGCAUCAAAAUAUCCCCUUACACCCACUUCCCUCAAAAACACAAUCACAUCCACAUUAAUCCAUCUCUGCUACACAUCCCUUCUCUCAUCAUCCCUGCACUCAUUUCUCUAUUCUUUCUCUCCUGCUCCCACCCAAUCUCAUCCUAGACCCUGCCCAUAGAAAACCAGUUCACACCUCCUCUCUCUAUCUCUCCUCCUACUUCUAGCAGCUGGUGACAUCUCUCCCAGCCCAAGGCCCUUUACCUUGUCUGCUCACAGUAGAACAACUAGAAACCACACAAACCUCACUCACUCACUGAGACCUGGCUUUCCCCCUUUGAUACCGCUACUCCAGCUUCUUUAUGUUUCGGUGGACUACAAUUCUCCUACACUCCCAGACUCAACUGUAAAGGCGGCAGUGUAGGCAUCUUUCUCUCCCCUCAAUGUACCUUUUAAAAUAUCCUUUCUGCCCCUGCCCUAUCCUUUACUUCCUUUGAAGUUAACACUGUCUGCAUAUUUAAGCCGUUUAAGAAUUGCCAUCAUCUAUCGCCCCCCCCCCCCGGUCAUCCGAGGCUAUUCGUUGAACACUUUUCUUCCUGGCUACCCCACUUUUUCUCCUCUAGCACUCUUUCCCUCAUACUUGGGGACUUUAACAUCCCAAACAACAACCUCAACUGCCCUGAUGCCUCCCGUCUGCUCUCUGUAACCUUCUUUUUUGGCCUCACACAGUGCUCUACUUCAGCAACUCAUACAACAGGUAACACUCUUGACCUCAUCUUCACCAAUCUCUGUACUACCUAUAAUCUCUCCAAUGUCCCAUUUCCUCUAUCUGACCACCAUCUGCUGACCUUUCACAUCGGCAUACCCCGUAUCCAAAUUUCACCACCCUCAACUCACCAAUCUUGCAGAAACCUCCACCUUCUUGAUCUCCAGCAUUUCUCCACCACACUUUCCUUUUACCCAUCUCAAAUCUCACCUGCCCUAACUCUGCAACCUCACUCUACAACUCCACUCUCUCCUCUUAACUAGACCUCACUCUGCACCUGACUUCCUCCACUAUAAAUCCACUAUAAAUUUAUGCUGCUCUCCUACACUCUGACUCUUUCCUCUGUAAAAGAAAAUUACUUCAACACCCUCAUAAGCACACUGUCCUGCCAACCCAUAUGCCUAUUUCACACUCUUAAUGCUCUCCUUCGCCCUGUUGCUCCCCCUCCUCCUACCACCCUGUCCGCCUUAAACUUUGCAACUCACUUCACUGAGAAGAUUUCUACAUUCUCUAACCUCUCUUCCUCCCCUUCCAAUACAUCUUCUAAUACAUCACCCAACCCCACUCACUCCACUGUUCUAUGAUCAUUCGCAGCUACUACAAGGGAAGAGGUUUUUGCACUGCUCCGGUGCUGCGAGAUUGACAGACUUCCUCGAAUCCAACUCUUUGCUUGACUCGCUCCAGUCUGGAUUCUGCGCUCAUGACUCUAUUGAACCAGCUGUGACCAAACUAUCCAAUGAUUUAAUCACUGCAAAAUCUUGCGGCCAUUACUCUAUCCUAAUUCUCCUUGAUCAUUCUGCUGCCUUUGACACUGUUGAUCAUCAACAGCUUCUUCUCAUUCUCUGUAAUCUCGUCUACAAGAUAAUGCUCUCCUGGUGCUCCUCCUACCUACCACGUUUUCAGUGUUUCUUUCUCUGGCUCUGCCUCUUCUCCCCAAGCCCUGUUGGCAUUCCUCAAAGUUCUGUCCUUAGUCUCCUUCUGUUCUUCAUCUAAACUGCCUCCCUUGGUAAACUCAUGAGCUCGUUUGGCUCAUUAUCAUUUAUAUGCAGAUGACACGCAAAUCUUCCUGUCCUCUCCUGAUCUCUCUCUGCCCAUCUUGACUCGUGUCUCUGACUGCCUCUCCAUGAUUUCCAACUGGAUGGCUGCUCACUUCCUUAAACUCAACCUGUCCAAAACAGAACUCCUGGUCUUUCCUCCCUCAAGUGUUGCUACUUCUGUGUCUGUCUCCCUCCAAGUCAACGGCGCCACCAUCACCUCUAUAUCACAGGCUCGCUGCUUAGGUGUUCUUUUUGACUCCAACAUCUCCUUGGAGAGGCUCAUUUUAAUGUCCGGCGAGGCUCAUUUUAAUGUCCGCCCGCACCUCCCACGCCUCCCCCCUCUGUCAGUCCCUACAUUGGCUUCCAGUUAGAUAUAGGACUCAAUUUAAGAUUCUGGUGUUUGCUUACAAGUCCCUACAUAAUGCUGCUCCAACCCACCUAAUACACAAGUGUGUCCCGUUGAAGGCCCUGCGCUCUGACGAAGACCUACGUCUAUCCUCUGUCCGUACUUCCACAUCUGAUGCUCGCCUCCAAGACUUCUCCAGGGCUGCACCUUUUCUGUGGAACUCCCUUCCCUUCUCCGUUAGACUUUCACCCAGUUUCCACACCUUCAAAAAAAUUUUUGAAAGCACACUUCUUCAGGAAAGCAUAUCAUUUAAACUGUUUUUAAGCGGGUUUUCAUUCCUCCCCCCUAUGACUCCUCUCCUGCAACUGUCAAAAAUUAUCUAAGUUCUCAGUGAAUACUUUUCUAGCAAGCUAUAUCAUUACCCCUACUUAUACCUUUUGUGUCACUAUACCCUACUCCCUCUAACAUGUAAGCUCAUUGAGCAGGGCCCUCAACCCUCUGUUCCUGUGCAUCCAUUUGUCUGGUUACAAUUACGUGUCUGUUAGUCCAUUCAUUGUACAGCGCUACAGAAUUUGCUGGCACUAUAUAAAUAAUAAAAUAAUAAUAAUAAUACAGUGCUGCUGCCCACCCCAUGUGUACCUAUGUGUUCCUGAAUAGAGGUUAAUAAGUAUGUAGGGGUUUAAAAAAAUAUCCAUUUUUGUCUCACUAGACAAUUUACCUUUUUAGCAAGGUGAAUUGUUAGUGUAGCACUCCCCUAAAAGAUUUUGCCGUGAUGUGGCAGGUGGGCUUACACUUGAAUGACCAGGUCAUCCAUCCUUUCAAGCCAGCAAUCAUUGAGACACUCAGGACCAAAACCAUAGGCUUGAGAACGGUUGUGCUGUGUGACCUGUGCUUACCCUUUUGUACAGAGCUAUGGAAUCUGAUGGCGCUAUAUAAAUAAUAAAAUAAUAUUAAAAAAAUAAUAUGUGCACUUUUGCAUAAGUUCGGGUUAGCUUGUAUGUUUUUUGAAGAAAAAAAAAUCACGACUGUUUUUGUAACUAAUUGUUUCACUUUUUUUUUUUAAUUACCAUUUUGUAAGUACAGUUUAGAUGGUAUUUUUCUCUAGGUGAACACCCUAAUUCAGGGGCAAGCAACCUUCGGCACUCCUGAUGUUGUAGACUACAUCUUCCACGAUGCUUUGCCAGCAUAAACCCUGUUAGAGCAUUAUGUCUGUAGUGCUGAAGGUUACCUACUCCUGUCCUAAUGUUAUGCAAUCUAUAACCAAGAGUCUACCGUUGGACUACAAUUUUCUACAUUCCAAUUUUUCUCGAAUGUGUUCAGUGUGUGUCAACCAGGAGUUAAUGAUUUCGUUUUAAAACCUGCUAUUCGAUAUAUGUACAGUGGUUUUUCUAGUCCUGAACCAUUCAAAUUAGUAUAUCAGUCCAAGUCACAGAGGAGGAGGAGAACAUAAUCAAAGAAAGAAAAAUCUUCCUGAAACCAUGUGAGUUCUUUACAUAGAUCUGUGUGGAUGAUUGAACAAGACAUUCAGUGAUCAGCCUCUGCUGUGCCUGAGAGCAGUCACUGUCUGUAGAAAUAAAACAGUCCCAUCUGCACCUUGCAUGGAGUACAGGGAUCCAGUGCUCUCUUCUCAUCCUGACCUGAGCUAUGAUUGCAGGUUCUGAACAUCUUCCAACCUGGGAACUCUGACCUCUGCCCAUAUUCCAUAGUGCCUCUCACGGUUUGACAGGGACAUUCCACAGCCAUAUUCCAGGACUAUUUACAGGUAAGCAGAUGUGAUUGUAAAUCCCUAGGAAGGGGCAGGUUUAGGUGAACACCUGUCUGUGUGGCAUAUUGGGAAAGCUACUGUGAUAUAUUAAUGUCAUGGUUACUGUAUUUCAGUACAGAACCUUUAUUAACAUACUCAUUAUUAGAAAUAGUUCGUUUUUUGUUUUUUUAAUGAGUAAAUAUUUCCAAAGAAAUAUUAAACAACAUUAAAAUAAGCAGACACUGCUGUUGAUGGUAAAUGUUAAAAUGUAUAUUAUGUUCAGCUGGUAAUAACAUGUAAAACCUGUUUAGCUAUGUUUACACAUGAUAUAAAUGACCUUUUUGAUAGUUGAGUUUUUAAUAAUUUUUCAUGUUCACCAGUGUUACUAUAGCUGGAAAGCAUCUUGGAUUGAAGCUCUAUUUAGGUCUGGAUACUCAAUGUUUAUACAUCAUGCUUAGAGCUGCACUAAUCAACAGCGCUAAAGUCUAUUGAGUAGUAACAGCUAAUAGUGUUUGACCUGUCUGUAUAUUUGAGAAGGAAAAGCAAGUACAUUAACAAUUUUUUUGUCUUGUGCGUGCAAUUGUUAACAGAAACACUGCAAUAUAAAUAAAAUGAAUCUUAGGUUACCAUUUAAAAAAUAAAUAAAUAAGACAAUGGUCAAGGCAAAGCAGUGCCUCCCCCUUCCUAUAUCUUGAGCAAUGGUCAUUUUGAUAAACCAUCCAGUCACCUUCCACAUUUCAAUUGUUUUCCUGUAUGUUGUCCACCAAGAGACUAUUUUCUCUACCCCUGGCUCCCAUCACCUUCCCCUCUAGUCCAACUAACUAAUAGCGCACCUUUCCCUGACUGAAACCAGAAAGCCGCAGAGACUCCAGUGGGAUUUAUUCACAACUCUUCUGGAACUUCGGUCUGGCCGCAGAUAGCCUCAGCUCCCAGACAACUUUCACUCUGCUUUUCUCCUAUUUCCAUACCAGCUACAAGAGAACUUUUUGGAGGGAAGGUGCCUCAGACUAUGUGGAAUAAAAGAAGCACGGUGGAGCCCCUCCUAUUUCGUCCACAGGAAAUCCUGACAGUUGACGGCCAAAGCCCUAUUUGUCCUGGAACCCUUUUGGGCAUGAACUUUGUUUGCAGCCAGCCAAAACUUUGCCCUGGUGGCGAUUUGUCAAUUCUUCUCGGAUCCAAGUGCUAUUUUGCCAACAUGGGUGCUCGGAUCAGAGCUAUGUGGGAAUGUAUAUUGUGUGGGGCUCCUGGUGUUUUAUUAUGUUUUUUGGGGUGCUUUUGUGUUCUUUGUAUCCAGGAGAUAAUUAGUUUAGCGAUCAGCAACUGAAUUAUCUCCCAGACACAGAGGCACCAGGGCAGGAUCAUUUGCUAUUGAAUAGGAACCCCAUGCUGGGUGUCCAUGUAUAAAUGACUGCAGUGCCUAAAAAAAAAAAAAAUCAGAUCUACUCCCAACAUUAAGUCUCGGCUAAUGUAUGGGGUGAAAGCUAUACAAGCUAUUACACUAACUACACUGUAGGGAGCUAUAACACUAAGGGAAAGGGAAUACUUGGCGGUGAUACAACUGUGAUCCACCAAAGCCAUUCAUUAACCCCUUAAGGAUGGCGGGCGUUCUAUGCCGUAAUUUUUGGGGCACUCCUAAACGCUGGGGGACGGCAUAGAACGUUUCCGACGUCCUUUGUACUUACCAGAUCCCCGCCAUUCCCCCGACGGUGGUCGUGAGCCUGGGGUCUGCUUGGGAGCUAAGGCAGGCCUCCUCGAUCUGGUCCCCCCCCCCAGCCAUGUGACCGUGGGGUCCUCGCGAUCACAUGGCCGGCUUAUGCAGUGCCUGCAGGGGGCCUGUUGAGGAAUGUAGAGCAUCUCCAUGCAGGGCGUUACACAUUAUACACACAUUAAGCUUUUAGAAUUAUUGACACGUGACAUGAAUACAUUUCAUGUAACUGCUGUAUACUGCAGUCUUUUUUACGACAAUAAAGCUGUCUUUUAUUCACCCAAACAAUAAGCUUUGGCUAAUGUUUAGGGAAUGAGCUAUUAUCACUUCAGAGCUAUUCACUAAGGGGGAAAAGAAGUCCUUGACCGUGGUAACUGGGGCACCAGCUCUGAGGUAUGUAGGUUUUGUGCCAAUUUGGAUGGGGAUGGCACUACCCCUAUGAAGAUUCCUGGAGGCUCCAAAAAAAGGACUUACAUAGAGUCUUCAUAGGGGUAGUGCCAUUCCCAUCCAAAUUGGCACAAAACCUACAUACCUCAGUGCCGGGACCAGUAGGCUCAGAACUAGGUGAGCACCCAAUUUGCUACGUGAUACUUUUAUUUUACAUUAUCACAGACUACACAUUGGUCCACCUUUUCCUUAUGUUUUGUUUAUGAGAACAAUUCCAAACGGAAGCGAAAAGGUCGUGCUACUAUAAAAGCACAUAGGCCUGAUUACGGAGCCAGUACCUAUACACAGGCUCCUCUAAAUGUGAGUGUUCUGUCUGCUAUACUAUAUAUUGGAUUUCACUUUUAAGUACCAUCUGCACUAUAUUGUACCCUUUGUUCCUUUUACAUGUAUUUUACACCAAACUUUCAACUAAGAAACAUUUGGUAAGUUUGGCCAGUUUUAUAUUCAUUUUAGCACUCCACUUAUAGGUGUUAGUCUUUUUACAUACACCGUUCUAUAUUUGUUUUGUGGAUAAGAGGAUAUUUCCACACAAGUGCAUAGAGCUGCUUCUUAUCUUAUUUUAUUCACGUUUAUUGUUACACACAUCCCUCUACUUGGGAGGGCAACUUUGGAUUGGUAUUCAUUGGUUUACUAUUAUAAUUAUAGUCUUACUAUUUAAUGAUGCAGCUGUAGGUUAAUUGUUUUUUUAUUGUGAUCUAAUUCAAUUCACCUGCCUGCUAAGAGAGAGUUCAUUUUCAGCAUUAUAGCCCUGCUUUUUAAUUGUUUAACCCCUUAAGGAAACAACUUCUGGAAUAAGAGGGAAUCAUGACGGAAUAUUUCCGUCAUGUAUCCUUAAGGGGUUAAUUAUAAUGGUGCAAUCUAAAUAUCUUUGCUCUCAAAUUACUUAUCCCUAUAGUUUUGGAACCCCCUUUGGCUACAUGUAAAUACCUACCCAAAGGGACGCUUAUAGUUCACCUUUCCAUCAAUAGACUUAAAUACAUGGGAAAUGUAUUAUCCUUUAAAUCUUUCAAAUGUUCUAUUGGUUUAUGAGACAGGCCAGCUCCCAGUUUCAAGCGGUAUUCGACUAUCAUUAAUUUUUAAUCAAUUAACUAAUAAAGUUUAUGUAAGUUUUAUUGGUGAGAGUUUAUAACUUCUGCUUUCCUUCGAGGAAGUAUUGGUUUCAAGUAUAAAACACAAUAUUUAUUUUUUAAUUUAAAAAGUAAAAACAUACCGCUUAGACCAAAAAACGUUUGUGCAAAAAUCCCAAAGUCCAACAAUUACAAUAGCCCAUAAUGUGCAAACAUAGUUUUCGGUAGAAUCUAAUAACCUUUUAGAUGAAAUAAUAAAGACUAUGUUUUAUAUUUCAUCAUAAGUCCUGGAAGUGUUGAUUUUUCUACUUUCCAUGAUGCAGACAGUACCUUUCAUCCAAUGCCCCUUUCAAAGGUACUUAUAAUGGCAAUAAUUUUUUUUCUCCUGGAUCAGGGAUGUCAAAUGAGGAAGUAUACUAACUUCUUUUCUAUCCAAGAAACAUGAAACUGUGCGUGUGGCGUGCAUAUUCAUAACUUCAUAUGUGUGUUUGGCACACAUAUGAAGUUAUUCACAGUUUUGUGAGCCUAUCUUUUGGUAGAUUGCUACAAAAAGCAGGCUCACAAACUGUGAAUUGGGCUGUGAAUACACUCAUAGCAGCCGUGAUAUUAACUAAUUAGGCAGCUGCAACUGUGGCUGGAGUCUGCAAUUUUAGAAAAGUCUUUUUUUCUUCCUAUUACUAGGAAUGCCCAUUUGUGUAAUGCCUUAAAAGCAUAUUUCGUAAUUUUAACUGACAAAUACAAUGAAGUGCACAAAGAAGUGAUAAUAUACAGCUAGCUACCUGUCAUUAUAAACACAAUGACACCAAUGCUAAUAAUAUUUAACCCCUUAAGGACCAAACUUCUGGAAUAAAAGGGAAUCAUGACAUGUCACACAUGUCAUGUGUCAUUAAGGGGUUAAAGGGAUGCUAUUAGCACCAUAAUCAAAGCAGCUCAUUGUCUUUGUGUUUUCUCUCUCUGGUUAGUGUAAAAAAUUGUGUUUGCCAAAUACCAAAGCUCUCUCUAUUACUAAAUCCCAACAGCAUAUUUUUGCUGUCCUAAUUUGUAAGAGCUAAUACAGACGCCAACAUCUGCUAUUGCAACCUAAAACCCCAAAAUGUAUAUCUAUACGGCACAAUGAGAAUAUUUAUUAGCAGGUUUGAAUAAAAGUAAUUGAAAUUGCACCUUAAAAUAAGCCAGCUAACGCAUAAAAUAACAUACAGGGCAGCAAUCUUUAAAUAAAUAAUGGUAGGAUAGAUGAGGUCUCCUCAGACUAUAAUAAUCAACGUUUGGAGAGAUUUUUACAGGCAGUAGUUCUCUGCGUAUAUUACCAAACAAUGAUCACAGGAGGAUCAUUUGAUCAUGGCCAGCAAGCUGUUGUAUAUCUAUUUCUUGUCCCACUAGUUAAUCACAAGGUUAUGAACAAGUUUAAUAACAACUGCCCAGUUUCUAAUAGAAUCCCAUUAAGUAUUUUUGGAUGUUUCAUUUUUUUAUUUUAUUUAUUUUUUUAAGUGCUGACUUUUGAGCACUGGUACUGCUCAACUUCGUGUGAGUUAAAACCUUAGCAUUACUGACGCUUUUAGUUUAAUUUUCAUUCUGCAUUUAUACUGUCUUUUUUUUUUUUUUAAUUAUGUGUAUCUCAACAAUAGUGAAAUCUGUGUCAGUUUUUAAGUAUAUAUGGUUUUAGGUUUUCCUGUUUGAUUACACAUAAAAUAAAAUUAGUAUUUGAUUAAUAUUAUGUAUUACUUUUUCCAGAUGGGAGUUAUGGAAAAUGAAUCAUUUUUAUCAAAUAUUCCCCAAGCAGCCGAUAAUACUGUUGGAAUGAUUUAUUUACUAUUUGGUAAGUAUCAGUCUAUGGCCUUAAUUUAAUACUGUUGGAUAUGUUUUCCUAAAAUUAUUUCAAAUCAUAAUAAAAAUUAAAAUGUUGCUAUUUUUUUUAUUUUUUAUUAUAAUUUAUGGUAUAUGUCUUGAUUUUUUAAUAUAUCGAAAAAGUAAUUUGAAAACCUUAUCCAAAGAUAUUAAAUAAUUUGCAAAGCUUAUCCAGCAAUAUUAAAUUGAGGCCUAUGGUCCCAAAUUACUUUGAAUGAUAUUUUGUCUGUCUAUAUAUCUAUGAAAUUCUAAAAAUAUGAAAGAACAGAAAAAAAAAACAGCUUGAGAAAUUAUGCUGUUAAGGAAGAUGUUUAAUAUUAGAAGUUAGUGCUUGAGUUUUACCCUGUUAGGGAGUUUUUUUUCUCUUUGCAGCUUAGAUAUGCUAGAUGAUAUCUGUAAUUUUGAUGUAACUUUGCUGUGAUGAUAGUGCUAAAAAAAGAGAUAGCAAGGUGUAACAAAUUCUUCCCAAUAUAUUGGCAAAGACAUUGAAAACAAUGUGAUUUUUUUUUUUUAAUUAUUUCCUUUCUGCAUCCAGGUAUGUGUUCUGUGUUUGGGAAUAGCCUUCUGUUAUAUAUUUCUUUCACUAAGAGGCAAUUGCUGAAACCAGCAGAAUACUUCAUAGUAAACCUGGCCUUCAGUGACCUUGGAAUGACCGUUAUCUUGUACCCUCUUGCCAUCACAUCCAGCUUUUCACACAGGUUGGUUUAUACGCUGUGAUGUCAUACCUGGGUCCCCCAGACUCCAUUUCAUCAUAUAUCACUGAAUCGGAAAUGUAAUUCCCCAUCUGAAAUAGAAAUUUCAAAUUUGUCCCUAUUUGGUCAGAAUUCAUCAGCUGAAGCAUCCAUCAUUGCUCUCAUCCAAUGAAUUCCAUCCAAAGACCGAUAUAAUUAAUGCUUAAAGCCGAAGUUUCCCCGUCUGGGGACUUUGCAGAAUUGGCACUAUACUUAGGGGAUUGUAAUGGUUAUUAUGAUACUUAGACUUUGUUUUUAGUAAGAAUUAGUCUCCAAUUAUUGUGAUACACAAUAACAUAUUAAUAACAUAUUGAAUAUUGUAUAUUGUUGUGUUAAUAUAACUGAUACAUGUAUGCUUUGACAGAGAAUACUUGAAGGCCCCAAGGCAGAUAAGCUGUUUGUUUCUCAGUUGAGAGCACAGUGCUUGCAUUUUCCUUGCCUGGAUAAUUAGUGCCUCAAGAAUAUUACUUAGUCAGGGCAUGCAAUGAAAGAAGGUCUCCUUGAUAGGACAUCUAAUGCCUUUAGGUCAAUAGGUGGGGGAAGACAACACCUGAAGUUCUCAUAUAUAAGAUAUACAUAGCUUUAAACUCUCCUAGGUAAGAAUAUAGAAUGCUAAUGUUCACACAGGCAAAUCAAGCAAAGUGAACCACGUAGAAUGCCAGAAGGAUAAACAAUACCUGAAUGCAUCUAAUAAAGGUAUACAAUGUUUUAAAGCCUAAGCACAAAGUACACUAUCUGAAGUGAUUGUUUGACAUUUUUUUAGACCCUGCAUUCCAGAAAAUCCACAGUAUUAUGAAUACCCCUAAGCUACGACAUUUAGGCACUUUUUUAGAUUCCACACAGACAAGCACAGAACUUAUUUCUGAAGGGCAUAAAAACACUUAAUAUGAGUAACGUUUGGAAAUCAUAAAGUGUUUUCCCAUGGUUAGGUUGUCCAAUGCUUACAGAUACACUAUUGCAAAUUGCAAUGUUUCCAUUGCAGGACUAAGACAACCUCUGGUUGCUUUCUACCAGUUCCGGGAUUUUACUGGACUCUACGUCGCCUGAUAAGCUGCCUGCAAUGCUAAAAGCAUCACUUAAAAUAGGCAUUUAAAUGCCUGUAUAGUAAUUGUGAUUGGUGCAAGCAGGGUUAAAUUCCUGGUCACACCAGAAGUCUUAAUUUUUAUCGGUGGAUACGUGGGGCUCUUCUCAGUCAACUGGGGCCAUUUUUAGUGGCUGACCUAGGCUGACCAAUAGCCUCAACAGCACUGAGUGAUCACCACGGUUAUUUUCUACAGCAGGCUGGAGGUCAAGGAGGUCUGAAUAGACCCUGGCAGAGUCUGUCUUCCUGUCCCCAGCUGAUUGUGACUGGUGCUGGGCUUUUCUAGCUGUCCAGCAUCGAUCACAGUGUAAUUGACUGGGAAGCAGGCUGCAUUCAUAAAUACAGGGAGUGUAAUUCUGAAAACAGCCAGUAGAUGGCGGUAAUAUCUAUCUACUGUUUUAAUUAGAAAACCUUUUUUUUGUAUCGGAAUUUACAUUAGCAGGGAGUUUGUUCAGGGUUGGGGUUGUGGGGAGACUAGGGUAGGGUUAGAUUUAGGAUAGGGUUAUGGUUAGCUUUAGGUUAGUCUAGCAAAAAAACAAAAGUAUCAAUCUUUCAUCCAGCAUUUCCUACCAGCCACUACUAAUACAUUAAACACAAUGCCUUACCUUCCAAUAAUGUGUAAAACAUUAAAUUUUUUGUUUGCUUUCUUUAUUUCCAGGUGGAUAUAUGGAAGACAUGUCUGCCUGUUUUAUGCAUUCUGUGGUGUAUUGUUUGGGAUUUGUAGCCUAUCCACAGUCACAUUAUUGAGUAUAGUGUGUUGUGUCAAAGUUUGCUUCCCAGCAUACGGUAAGCUCUUUUGUUCACGAUAAGCAUUGUCAAAGAUGUACUGUACAAAAAAAAAAAAAAAAAGCAAUUUGAGCUUUUUCACUUGGAUAUUUUAUCACCAAUUGCUGCUGAAAUUAAAAGUAAUUUGUUUACACAUUUAUUGAAAUUUACUGGAUAAUGUACAUAUUAUUUGUGUCCUACUACUUCAGAUACACCAGAUUUGUAUUCCCUGCAUCUCCUGAGUAGAACAAUACUCUACAUGUAAGCCUAUGCCAGAUUGUUGGAGAAUUCAUAGGGUCGUGUUGGAGACUUGCCAUCGUUUUGAAAUAUAUCAUUGCUCACUCCCAAUAGACACUAUUUGGUGAAGUAACACUUUCUAUGUCACCAACAUUGACACUAUGUCUAAACACAUCUACUAACCCUUACCCUUUUUAACCCUAACAUUGUCUAAGCCUAGCAAGAUCUAGGCCUAGCUUGAUAGCCAGGCACAGUAAGUACAAACUUAAACUGACAGUUAAAGCUUGUCCUCAAAACCAUAGGUUCCCUGGAUAAUCAGACAUCUUGGGGGCCAAACAAUCACUUUUAGGGGAUGACAAUCUCCCAUGCACCACAACAAUUCCUGGUGUUGUUGGGAAUCCUGCUCAUACAUCCCCUCCUAUAUUAGGCUGGAUCCAUGUUGGUAACUGACCUGUCUGCUAGUGCUGUUUUAUAGUGUAUUGAUAAUGCUAGUGGAUGAAAGGUAUUUAAUGAAUCCAUUCUGUUCUAUAUGGACAUUGCAGCACAAGCAUAUGUGUUCCUUUAACUCUUCCUGAUGUUAGGACAGUACACGCUGUCCUUCACAGAGUGGGCUUAAAUGCAUGUAAGAUCGCAAGUAGAUUUGGUGUGAGCAGGGUUAAAUCUCUGCUCACACCAGUAAGUCCCAUGUAUCAAUAGAUUAGGGUAGGGUUAGAUUUAGGGUAGGGUUAAAGUUAGUGUUAGGGUAGGAAUAUGGCUAUCUGUAGGAUUAGGGUUAGUGUUAGGGUAAGGUAAGGGCUAAUGCUGGGUUUGGGUUAAUGUGGUUUUAGGGCUGGGGAUAGUGUAAGGUUAAGAUUAGGGUAGAUAUAUUGUUAGAGUUUGUGUAAGCAAUAGGUAAGGGAUAUGGUUGUUAUAGCGUUAGUCUGGGGUUUGGUAUAGGAUUAGCAUUAAUUACAAAAAAAAAUAUUUAGAUCCUAGACAUAUUAGACAUUUAACAAUCUGGAAUGAUAUAUGAAUCUAUUUAGACUUCUUUAUAUUUAGUUGCACUGGAUGUGUAAAAAAAAGAGGUGGAACAGAACUAAGGUAAAAAGUUAGCGAUAGGUUAACCCCAAAUCUGUGCCUUCACGGGCACCUAAAUGUCUGCUAAAAAUAUACCUAACUGUGAAACCACCCAAUAACUGUUUGUUAUAAAUAAGACCCUAGAUCUGUGCCUUCAAGGACACCUAUGAGCUGCCAAUUAGAAGAAUCGCUAGAACCUAAUAGCUACUAUCAAUACAGAAAAGUUAAAGAUGAUACACCCUUUGCCUGCUAGCCUCCAUAAUCGAAGUGCCAAGAUAGAAUGAGUACGAGUUGUCAGAUAAUAUUAAUAUAAGUAUAGAGCGGCAGUGUCUGUUAGCAGGGUAGGGGUUUGACCUGAGCCCCGACGCGCGUUUCACCAGCAAGCGGCUCUUCAAGUGGGAACCCACGUCCCAGGCUUUUGAUGCCUUUUUCAAUAUACAAAAAUUGUACCAACAGCAGAUUAGAAGCUUCUGGGAACUUACCAGUCUAAAACAAUAUAUCCAACAAUAUAUAUCCAACAAUAUAUAUCCAACAAAAACUCAUUCCCAGAGGUCUCCGUCCAGAUAUACUUCUACCUGAUAAAAUCCAAAUGGAGGAACAGUUGAGUGAACGGAACACCAUUUUACUUGACUGCUCCUUACGUUUAAUGGACUUUGGUUAAACUUGAAUCUACCCAUCUAGAAGAUACUAAUCACAAGCUACAAAACAAAAUUACUCAGAUCAAAAGUUUAAAGUCUGACAAUCUGUAUGUGCCUAUGGAAACUAAAUUACAAAAGAACAUUGAAAACUAUAGACAAAACAUCAAAGUCAAAAACACACAAAAUUCCAGAGGGACUUUAAAGAUAAACAUAAAUACUGUAAAUGACAAAAUAUCUUUAGGAGCUCUUCUGGUGAGACUGGAUGGUCGGACACUGACAGUAGCUCCUCAGGUUAUCAGAGACCUACUGGAAAUAGAGGGUCCUAUCAAAAGAGGCAAACUUCACAAUCUCCAGCUAAUAGAAGCAUCCUUAAACAUACGGACAAAACUGUAUCUAUUCUGGACAAAUCAAUUACCUCAGACACAGACAACACAAGCAUUCAAUCCACAUCCUCCUCCCCUUUUUUAGAACAGUAACCCCCUCGACAUCGGAGGGGGAGGCUGAGGGACAGAGACAGAUGGGCAUACAAGACUCAGGAUCAAACUCGAAAAUUCUAGCAUCUAACAGAAUAAUUAUUCUUUCAGAUUUUGUUUUACAGCCACGCCAUACAUCUCUGUUGGGCAGGGGUUUAUCUUUUGUCCCUACACCCUCAUAGAACAAAUUCAAUUGGCCCAAAAGAUAUUAUUAUUAUUAUUAUUUUAUUAUUUAUAUAGCGCCAUCAGAUUCCGUAGCGCUGUACAAUGGGUGGACUAACAGACAUGUAAUUGUAACCAGACAACUGGACGUACAGAAACAGAAAGGUGGAGGGCCCUGCUCAAUGAGCUUACAUUCUAAAGGGACUGGGGUAUAGUGACACAAAGGGUAAAAGUAGGUUGUGUCACAGGUGUCGGUGCGGUGCCCGGGACCCAGACACUGUCCAGGCGGUGGUGCGAGGACCGGGACCCAGUAUGCCUGAUGUUCAGAGUAGGAGUCACAGUGUGGAGAUAGAUUAGCAGGGUCUGGUGCAGGGUAACUGCACGCCCCCUGGUGUUGAGCGUUUGUGCAGCCACAUACCAGAACCCUGAUUCAGCUUUUGCGGAUCCCAAGAACUAGGAGCAGGAAUUAAGCAGACCUCCUAGAGCUGAAUAGGGAGGGUCUGCAGCAGGAAUGUAUCCAGUACAGAAACAAGGCAAGGCUAGGAAAGGCACCAAGCAUGAAAAACAAGACAGAACUAAUAGAACCCAAAACCAGAGAAGGAUAGGAAGCUUAACCCAGAACAUGUACACAAUACAUUAAGGAAACAUAGACAUAGCAUGGGCAGGACAGGACUGUACAUGGACUAGGAAUACAAACUAAAACAAGACAAGAUAUGAUAGGUAAAACAAGAGGAGAAAUAACUAAGUACUAUAUAUGAAAAGCAUGGGGAUCUAGUCACAUUAUAUGAUCAUACAUUGCAUAAGCCUGCCAACAACGCCAAUGUACCCCAUGUCUGGCAGGUCCUACUCUGCCUAAUGCAAGCUAAACCAACCAAAGAAAACACACAUAGUACUUACCUGCAAGAAAGGGUAGGAGACUUGGUAGAGUAUAGGUAGAGAACAGUAGGGGACCAAGGACAGAACCUUGGGGGAUGCCAACAAAAAGUGGUUGAGGAUAAGAGGCAGAGCCAGAGAAAGAAGCACUGAAAGAGCACCAGGAGAGAGCAGUAUCCCGUAGACCAAAAUUAUGGAGAAUGCAGAGAAGCUGUUGAUGAUCAGCAGUGUCAAAGGCAGCAGAAAGAUCAAGGAGAAUUAGGAUAGAGUAUUGGCAGUGAGAUUUAGCAGCAAUGAAAUCAUUGAAUACUUUGGUCACAGCUGUUUCGACAGAAUGACCAGCACGGAAUCCAGACUGAAGGGGGUCAAGCAGAGAGUUGGAUUUGAGAAAGUCAGUCAGUCUGGUGUACACAACUCUAUCGAGGAUCUUGGAGGCAAAUGGCAGUAGUGAGAUAGGGCGGUAGUUGGAUGGGGAGUUGGGGUCAAUGCUGGGCUUUUUCAGAAUUGAGGUUACAAUUGCAUGUUUCAAGGGUGAGGGAAAUGUGCCAGAGGAAAGGGAGAGAUUGAAAAUUUUAGUGAGAGGGACUUGGUUUAAUUGGUUUAAUUGUUAUUACUUAUCGAUACAACAUAUCUCUGGUGUGGCAAUUUAGCAGUGUAUGCCUAUUUAUAAUCCUAGUGGAUUUACCACUCAGAUUCCUCUGUACAUAUAGCAAUUGUAUAGCGAUAAUUUCUUACUAUUCUUCUCCCCAUGACCUUUAAUUAUUUCCAUUUUAAUUGAACCUAUUAAAUGUUAUAUUUUAACAAUUUUGUCUAUAUUAGUGGUACUAUUAGGGCAGAUAACUUUUUCUGUUUUCUAUUUACAAUUCUCUCCAAGGGUUAUCCCCUAGUGUAUGCCCUAUAUACUCUUAAUACAGUAUUUAGCUUCCACCUGUUCUCUUUUUUUGUCCUUUGAUAUCACCUUUUAGGCUCUCUAGCUCAUUUUUUUUUUAUCUUUCCAGUAUUACCAGAAAAUUUAUUUUGGUGACAAAGCCAAUAUUUUAGGCAUAUUUUCAAUGAUUUAAUUAAAUGUUUAUAAUUUAUUUGUUUCCACUUUUUGGUUUUGGUCUUACAUAGCCUAUGUCCUCUUCAACCUAUCGUUUCUGUACGUUUUAUUGUAAUUGUCCUAUUUAUAGUUAAAUCCCCCCUCAUAAUAUUGUAAAGCGCUACGGAAUCUGUUGGCGCUAUAUAAAUGAUAAUAAUAAUAUUAAUAAUAAUAAUAUGCCAAACACUCCAGUUCUUUUCAAUGUUAUGUAGGUCACAGUCUAGGGCUGCAAAACAAAAGAGAUUUAACUCCUAAAUGGCAGAGAACAGACCAGGGUGCAGGACCAUGAUCUCUAUAUCACAACUAGUGAUGUCCCAAACAGUUCGCUGGCGAAUAGUUCCUGGCGAACAUAGCGUGUUCGCGUUCGCCAUGGAUGGCGAAUAUAUGCGAUGUUCGGUCCACCCCCUAUUAAUUUACUAAUACUAAGUAAAAAUUACUUAGUAUUAGUAAAUUGUGCCCCUACUCGCAAUACCACGAGUAGGGCCAUGUCUAUUAAACAGUGAGCAGCCUAUGGCUGCUCACUGUUAAAAAAAAAAAGGGUCCCCCCCCGGUGGGGGCCCUAAAUAUUAAUAGGGGGGGACCUAUUGUCCCCCCACCGGCCCCCACCCCUGAGCGGUGGGUGGGGGCCCUAAAAUGAACAAUAAGGGGGGGACCUAUUGUCCCCCCCGGCCCCACCCCUGAGCGGUGGGUGGGGGCCCUAAAAUGAAAAAUAAGGGGGGGCCAUAUUGAUAAUGAGGGGGGCCCUACUGCCCCCCCUGGCCCCCACCCCUGCGCGGUGGGUGGGGGCCAUAUUGAUAAUGAGGGGGGGACCUACUGUCCACCCUCCCUCCGGCACCCACCCCUGGGGGGGGGGUGGGGUCCAUAAGCCCCUAGUCACCCACCCCCCCAAAUAAAAAGUCCCUACCUACCCCCCUCACCCUAAAAAAUAGUGAGGGGGGAAUAAAAUAAAAUUAAACUUACCAAACUUAGGUUCCCCCCCCCCCUCAUUAUCAAUAUGGCCCCCACCCGCCGUGCAGGGGUGGGGGCCGGGGGGGACAAUAGGUCCCCCCCUUAUUGUUCAUUUUAGGGCCCCCACCCACCGCUCAGGGGUGGGGGCCGGGGGGGGACAAUAGGUCCCCCCCUUAUUGUUAUUAGGGCCCCCACCCACCGCUCAGGGGUGGGGGCCGGGGGGAACAGUAGGUCCCCCCCCUUAUUGUUAUUUUUAGGGCCCCCACCCACCGCUCAGGGGUGGGGGCUGGGGGGGACAAUAGGUCCCCCCCUUAUUGUUAUUAGGGCCCCCACCCACCGCUCAGGGGUGGGGACCGGGGGGGACAGUAGGUCCCCCCCUUAUUGUUAUUUUUAGGGCCCCACCCGCCGCACAGGGGUGGGGGCCGGAGAGGGGGAGGACUGUAGGUCCCCCCCUCAUUAUCUUUAUGGCCCCCACCCGCCAGAAAGAGUCCCUGUGGGUUUUAAAAUUCGCCUGCCUAUUGAAGUCUAUGGCGGUUUGCCCGGUUCGCGAACAUUUGCGGAAGUUCGCGUUCGCGGUUCGCGAACUGAAAAUUUCAUGUUCGCAACAUCACUAAUCACAACCAGCUAAAGAUAUUUUGUUGCUUUCCCUGUAAGAAAUGUGAAAUUAAACCAACAUCCCAAAACCUAUUGUGUCGUAAAUUGUAUUUGUGCUAUUUCGUUGGCUGUGUUUCUUAAUGCCCACUCUCUUUUAAUCGAUACUUUAGUUAUACAAACAAAUAAUUUAAGUUUGGAAGAGUAAAACAAGAAGCAAAUGAGGAUUAAGAUGCAUAUCGUAUCCUAGUUACGUAUAACACAGGAUGCAUGCAGUGCAAACGUGAACAUGCUGAACAUUAUGAUCAAGAAAAUAUUAAAUACUACUUUAACAAUUAUAAUAUAAGAGCAAAUAAAGGUAAUACUGUAUGUUCAUCAUUUGUAAAAUCAUUGUUUAGAUGACACUAAUGAAAUAAAAUAGCCAGCUAGUUAAGAAACUUUGAACAAUGCAAAAAGGCACAAAGUAAUAAACAAUAUAAAAUUUGUUUUGGGGAAAUAUGUAUAGCUCAGUGAAGGAACUACAGUGGUUGCUGAGGCUGCAAGUCUGACCGGACCCCCUGUGUCCCCCUGCCUUGGGGGUCCUGGAGCUGGCCACCUUAGGACCCCCUGAGGAAAAGGGCUGUGUGCAAAGAGAGUAGGCUGCGUGGGAGUGCUGAUCUCUGUGCUCUUCUUACUCUGCAUCCUCGCGGUUCUACAGUGAUGCCAGGAGCCGGAAUAUGACAUCAUUUUGGCCCAGUAAUCACUAAACGGUGCAUGAGGGAACAGAGCAAGAAAAUGACAAGAUCACAGCAGCCACUCUGGACCCCAGGAGUGGUCCCUUAGGGAAAGGAUCCACUCUAGCUCUUCCAAAGGCUGAGUGUCUGUCAGUGAAUUCUCAUGCAUGUGCGAGAGUACAGCAGUGACACAGGAUGGAAUAAAAUUAAUAUCAAUUUAGAAGAACUGAAAAUUUCAUUGGGCACAAGCCUAAUUACUACAUAACUGAUUAUGAUCAAGGCCUCCAUUGGUAGGGUGUAGAAAGAACACUCCAGGCACAAUAACCACUACAGCUCAUAGUACUGCCAGGUGCAUUCUCAAUUCAAAACAGAUGUGGGAUUUUGUCUCUUAGAUAUUUAUAAAUACAUAUCACAAAUAUGUUGUAAAAUAUAUUUUAAUUUCUGUCUUUCAGGAAAUAGAUUUGGCCACAAGUUGGGAUGCAUCCUUGUCACUUGUGCAUGGGUUUAUGCAGCUAUAUUUGCCUUCUUACCUCUAAUUCACUUGGGAGAAUAUGGGCUUGAGCCGUAUGGGACAGCUUGCUGUAUUGACUGGAAGUCUUCUAAUAUAAACAGAGUAGCAAAGUACUACACAAUAGCUCUGUUUGUAGUUUGUUUCAUUAUCCCAUGUGGGAUCAUCAUUACCUCUUUUACACUUAUACUGAUAACUGUCAAGGAAUCCCGAAAAGCUGUGGCACUGCAUGGCGCUAUUCCCACCAGGAUGAGCAACGUCCAAACCAUCAUAAUCAAGGUAUUACAUUCAGUUAUAAUACAGAACUGGGGCAGGCAACUAUCGGCACUCCAAAUGUUGUUGACUACUCUUACAGCCAUAUUGCUGGCAAAGCAUCAGGGGAGAUGUAGUCAACAGCAUGUGAUGUAGCACUAUAUAGUCAACAGUUGGUAAAAGAAUUACUGCAGUACCAAAUAUUUUUUCAUAAAUGCUGCCAAUUUUGUCAGUGCUUGAGGGCGUACCCUCCACUUGUGUGGUACUUCCUGCUCCAUUGGCUGGGGCCUCAUUUUGUAAACUGCACGGCUGUAAAGUACCGAACUGGACUCCGAGCUCGUAGUGCAAAAGUAACGUGUCAGCAGGUACAUUUGCAGCACAUGUGUAUGUUUUGUGCCCUGGUAGUUGGUGAAUAUCCACUGAUAUUUGUUGGAAUGUGCUCUAGAUUGUAGGAGCUGCUAUAGCACAUACCCAAAUGUGAUGGCAAACACAAUCCACAUGCUGACUUUUAUUUUAUUUUAUUUAACAAAGUAUUUAAUGCCUUUCACUAAGGUUAGUAGGCAAUGACAGCACAAAAACAUUGUAAAACUUGCCAUGAAGUAACUUGGUGAAAAUGCAGGGUUUUUUUUGUAAUCAAGGAAAACUUCAUUGUAAACCCUUUCCAGAUUUUGGAAAGCAUGUUAAUAUUGCACAAUGUUAGAUUUAUGAAAUCUAACCUUAGAUUGGAUACCUUCUUGCAUUAUAGUGAUGGCUUUAUCUAUUUUUAAUUGUAAUGUCGUAUUUAUCUAAUAAACACUAUUUCUGUUUUAUGCAGUUAAGCAUCGCUGUGUGCAUUGGAUUCUUCACAGCUUGGAGCCCAUAUGCAAUAAUUUCCAUGUGGGCCACUUUUGGAUCUAUCGAUAUCAUACCACCUUUGGCAUUUGCAGUACCCUCUGUGUUUGCAAAAUCUUCAGCAAUUUACAAUCCAAUUAUUUACCUCCUAUUGAAGCCCAACUUCCGAGAUAUUCUUGGCCAACAAUUGGUUGCUCUGUGGGAGCUUUGUACACCGUGCUUUGUUUGCCUGAAGCCUCUCCUUUCCUGCCACAUUAUGGCACUGCACCACAAACUCUUCAAAAAGGAAAAUAAGGCAAUAAGUCAUUCAAAAAAGUCAGUUGGAGGCUAUUCCUUUAACACAUGUGAAACAUGCAAAGAUACUUUUGAAUACUUCAAACAUUACCCGAAAUGCUGUAGUACACAGUAUAGUUUUGGUUCAGAGUUGAGGCAACAAGAUGAAACCAAAAAUGCUAAAAAUUCCAUAAGGGUUAUUGUACAAGGACAUAAUAUAGCAGAUACUGAUAACUUUGAAAUUACUUUAGAAGUAAUACCAGAGUGCAGUACUUAUUAA